GGACGAAUCUAUUUCAUUCCUUCUCCUACCUCUGUUUAUAGAGGAUUGAAGGGUCCUUUGAAUCUACCGUCUUUCCAACACAAUUUCUUCUUCGUUUUCGCGUCUUUGUUUCGAGCGCGUUUUUUGGUUCUAAAAAGUUUCGUUCGUUUCUUUUGGUUAUUGGAACAGUCGGUUUAGUCAUUAGCACUCUGGAAUCCCUUUUUUUGAAAAGGAUCUGAUUUACUUGGUAGAUUUUCUCUUCAUCUCCUUUCUGUUAAUUUUUGUUGCUCGUUGUAUGCAACUUUGGCUUUCUGAAUUGUAGUGAUUCGCUAGUUUUCUUCUUCAAAUUUGUUUCCCCUUAUUUGUUGCCUUAAUUUGAUUUGUUAGAGAAAAUGCCGACCAGUACGUGUUAUCCCAUUGGAACCCGAAAGUCCAAGCUCGCUGUCAUUCAGUCUGAGCUUGUUUAUAAACAACUAAAGGAGAAGUAUCCCGAUCUCGAAUUCCCGAUCAUGAGCCGUGACACUAUUGGCGAUGAAAUUCUCUCAAAAGCUUUGUUUGAGUUUAAACACCAAGUUGCAAAGUCCUUGUGGACUCGAGAACUCGAGGCUUUACUCAUCGUCAACCAAUGUCGAAUGCUCGUUCAUUGUCUUAAGGAUUUACCCGUCGAAAUGCCAGAAGGUAUGACUAUUGCUUGUAUCCCACGUCGGAACUGUCCUCUCGAUGCUAUUGUGUUCCCAAAAGGCUCUUCCUACAAAACUGUUGCUGACCUUCCCGCUGGAAGUGUUGUUGGCACUAGUAGUAUUCGUCGUCGUGCUCUCUUGGCCCGCCAUUUCCCUCAUCUUCGCUUUGCCGAUAUUCGAGGUAAUGUAGGAACACGUCUAUCCAAGCUUGACGAGCCGAAUUCUUCUUUUUCUUGCCUUGUGUUGGCGGCUGCAGGCCUCUUCCGUCUUGGGUUAAAAGACCGCGUUUCACAAAUGCUAACUGCUCCCUUCAACUAUUAUGCAGUUGGCCAAGGCGCCCUGGCGAUUGAGGUUCGUGAAGAUGAUAAGGAGAUGAUUGAGCUCUUAAAGCCUCUUCAAGACACUGAAACAACCUAUUGCUGCGUCGCUGAACGCUCAUUAAUGAAGCGGUUGCAAGGUGGCUGUGCUAUUCCAAUUGGCGUCCAGUGUGAUUCUUUGGCAAUGUCAAGCUCCGCUUAUCACGUCUCUUUAGACGGCAUCGUCGUUUCUGCCGAUGGUCGUCGGUCUUCUUUUGCCUCAGGCAACCGCGUUGUUAAUUCCGUAGAAGACGCUGAAGAUUUGGGUACUCAGGUUGCAUUGUCUUUGCUCAAAAAUGGAGCUGGUCCCAUAUUGGAAGAGCAUCAUCGCAGUAGCGACAGCGAAGACUCCACAAAACUAAAUGUAUGAAGCCCUUAUUACUCCGAGUUGCUUCUUCCAAUCCUUGUAUUUUACUCAUUUAAAAAAACCUCGUUUCGUUUUUUCCUAUUAAAAGAAAUCGGUUUUUAUUAAUAUUUACUUAAUUUACAACCUUAAUAUAAGUCUUUGAUGAGCAUCUGAUUUUUACAUUUAACGUCAACCUUAUUGUUUUCUCUCUCUUUUACCUUCUUUUUUUCUAUUUUUUUGGUUCCUUGGCUAUUCUACACUUCAUCUUUGGAAUCACCAUGAACAUCAUCCUUUAAUAAUUCUAUUUACCCUAAUGAAUUGAGAAUUAAAUGCUUUCUGUUCAUCUUCAUCAUUCAUUAACCAAAAAAAAAGACUUUUAAACAUUUUUUGCUUCAUUUUAUAUGCCAUACGCGACACUCGCCAUCAUCACCACCCGAAACAAGCUUAUCGUUUCCUAACCAGGCUAUAGAAUUGAUUUCAUAAACAUCAUGUGCGCGCUCUUUUUCAAUGGAAACUCUCCAAAUGUUAUCAUCAUGUUUUUCACUUUCAUAAACAAUAAUUUUUCCAUCGCUUCCACCAGAUGCUAAUACUUGAUCAUUUAUCCAGGCAAUCGAGUACACAGCACCUUGAUGCAGAUGAGGCAAAGUUGCCUUUCUGAUCCAUUCUUCUUGUAAAGAUGGCCGUAGAAUAUUUGUAGAAUUACUAAUAGCCUCAGAUUCAUUACUAAAAGUCUUUGUCCAUAAAAUUAUGUUGCCCUCAUUGUCGGCAGAGGCCAGGAUAGAUCCACUAGGGGAGAAGGCAAGAGCCCAAACGGUACUCUCAUGGCCUUGCAAUUGACAUGUUAAAGCCCAAUCAUCACCAUCAUCUCUCCAAAAGCAGAUUGUGUCAUCAUAACUUCCACUAACAAGAAGAUCC